AUGAUGGAUCGCUGUUACAUGGAAAACAGACGUCUCCGAGAAACUUGCGCGGCGCUGCAACAAGAAAUAGAUGAUUGCGGAAGCGCCCCGGAAGAAGAAAGACUCAAAAUUCGGGAUUUGUGCCGCGCUGUACCAUCGCUUCCCAAACCGGAGCAAGUCUACGACAAAAUAGUUGCGUGCUGUCGAGAGUUUCACGAAUGCACCAGAAGAAUGUCAAGCUUGGACCAGCGCAUUCGAAACUUACGAACAUCAACUACUCACUCUACCGACUGGACCGAGCGUUUCCAUGAACUUGAGCUGACUGAAGUGCUGUGCGACAGAAUGCGCCUCGAAUUUCUCUUGGUUCGAUGCCAAAUGCGCACACUUUUCAGUGUGCCGCCUCUCCUCGUUGCUACAGGAGAAGAACCGCAAGCAAUCUGGAAAACCUGGAUGCCAAAAGAACAACUCAGUGAUGAGGAUGACCCUCUCCUCAUAGAGCCAGACAUCUUAGAAGCAGCCAUCGCAGACCAGCUUCAAAUCCUUGAUGGGCACCGAUUUACGCGUGAACUGCGCAUUUCACUCCGAGAAGAACACAGAAAAAGCGUGAGAACUUUUCAAUAUAUCGUCACUGAGAGCCUCCAGCGUCUUCAGUCUUCGAUAGAAGCACUCAUGCUGCAAGAAAAGAACAAUAUAGAGAUGGCUCAACCUCCACCCAUCCCUGAGCAGGAAGCACAAGUUGAGGAGGAGAGCGUUCCCAGGGAAGCGCAAGAACAAGAACUCAUACGCGAAAAUGCUAACCAGGGAAAUGCGAGGCGAAAUGAAAUUGAAGAAGAAAUACGAUUGCGCCAGGCAGAAAUAGAAUUCCAGCAGGCCAUAGAGAGCUUGGAAGCGCAGCAAACAUGCCCUCCGACGAGACUCGACCGCGGAGAAGUUCAGCUCGAGGAAGAACGCCACAUGCGCUGCGCAUUUUGCGAAGCGAUGGGAGCGCAUUAUACUGACUCGUGUCAUGUCGUAAGAUCAGUUCAGCAAAGAAGAGACCUCGUGGCUGAGAGAAGGCUAUGCAUCCGUUGCCUGAAAUACUGUAGUGGUGACCAGUUUUGCAAAAACGCUCUACAAAAUGUUACCAUUGCCGUGAGACUGGCCAGAACUCUGUUCUCUGUGCUCUUCGAGAGACGACCGUACAACGGUUCAGCGACUCUCCACGGCAAGAUUGGGGUUACAGCGCCGCGAGAGAAGGUUACAAGAGGUGGAAAGAGAGCUACAGGAACUUCUUAA